GUAUUUCUUUCAAAGUAGCCUCAAAGUUGCAACUACUGCAUCAAAUAUGAGGAAAUGGACAAACACGGCAAGAGAAGCCCUUCUCUAGUGUCUCUCUACCUAAAACUUGAUUAUUAUUUUUUCUCCUAGAAAAUAUAUAGAAAGAGAAGGAGAGCAACCUUGGGGCCUCUCCCAUGGCAUCUCCAGAUUCUCUUCUGGUGAUGAAGCUCGUGAGCUUCUUAUUAUCUACUCUUUUGGUCACUUCUGCGAACUCGCAAACGCAAUGCCGGAAUUUCAAAUCAAUCAUUAGUUUCGGGGAUUCAAUUGCCGACACUGGAAACUUACUAGGUCUCUCGGAUCCUAACAAUCUUCCUGCUUCAGCAUUUCCACCAUACGGAGAAACCUUCUUCCACCACCCAACCGGUCGUUACUCCGACGGCCGCCUCAUCAUCGAUUUCAUUGCUGAGUUCUUGGGUUUUCCGCUUGUGCAUCCUUUUUAUGGAUGUCAAAAUGCAAACUUUGAAAAGGGAGUUAAUUUCGCGGUCGCGGGAGCAACAGCAUUAGAUACUUCCUUUCUUGAGGAGGGAGGAAUUCAUUCUGAUAUUACCAACGUCAGUCUAAGCGUUCAGCUUAGGAGCUUCAAGGAAAGUUUGCCUAACUUAUGUGGCUCACCUUCAGAUUGUAGAGAUAUGAUUGAAAAUGCUUUGAUUCUCAUGGGAGAGAUCGGAGGAAAUGAUUAUAAUUUCGCACUCUUCCAGCGCAAAGCCAUUGAGGAAGUUGAAGAGCUGGUUCCGUUUGUGGUCAGUGCCAUUUCUUUGGCAAUUAAGGAAUUGGUCUGUAUGGGAGGAAGAACAUUCCUAGUUCCUGGAAAUUUUCCGCUCGGAUGCUCAGCAGCUUAUUUGACAUUAUACCAAACAUCAAACAAGGAAGAGUAUGAUCCUCUAACAGGAUGUUUGACAUGGCUGAACGUUUUUUCAGAAUAUUACAACGAGCAGCUUCAGAAAGAACUCAACAGACUCAAGGAGUUGUACCCUCAUGUCAACAUCAUAUAUGCUGAUUACUACAACGCUUUGUUGCGCCUUUUCCCAGAACCAGCCAAAUUCGGGUUUAUGAACAGACCCUUGCCCGCUUGUUGCGGUUUAGGAGGAUCGUACAACUUUAACUUUAGUAGAAGAUGUGGGAGUGUAGGAGUUGAAUACUGCAAUGAUCCUUCAAAGUAUGUGAAUUGGGAUGGCAUUCAUAUGACUGAAGCCGCAUACAGAUGGAUAUCUGAGGGCUUACUCAAGGGACCGUAUGCUAUUCCUACUUUCAAUUGGUCAUGCCUAAGCUCCGAGAUUAUGAAUAAGAAGUCAUUAGAUACUUAGAUUCUUGAUGAAAAGCUGAUACAAGGUUGUCUGAAAGUUUGAGAGACCAAGAGAAAUAUAUUAUUUCAUGAAAUGAAAUGUUAGUAGUAUAUAUUAUUAACAAUACUAAAUGAAAUGUUACAUACAUUAUUUCA